UCCUAAACACCACAAACCCCCAAAUAUUACUGCUCUACCUCCACCAUCAUCACAUUACCGUAAAUUAACAGAAUAAAAGCGAGCGAGCAAACCACCCCAGGAUUUUUUUGAAGUAGAAAAACCAAGAUAAGCAAAGUGAAGAAGAGAAAGAGAGGAGGAGGAGGAGGAGGAGGAGGAGGAGGAGGAGGCAGCAGCAACGCAAUGGGAGUGGAUUACUACAAGAUAUUGCAAGUUGAUAAGACCGCAAAAGAUGAUGAUUUGAAGAAAGCUUAUAGGAAAUUAGCCAUGAAAUGGCAUCCUGAUAAGAACCCAAAUAACAAAAAAGAAGCUGAGGCUCAGUUCAAGCAAAUCUCUGAAGCCUAUGAUGUUCUUAGUGAUCCACAGAAAAGAGUAGUAUAUGACCAAUAUGGUGAAGAGGGUUUAAAGGGUCAAGUACCACCACCCGGUGCUGGUGGUGCUGGUCCUGGUCCUGGUGGAGCUUCAUUCUUUUCUGCUGGAGAUGGGCCCGCAUCAUUUAGGUUCAAUCCUCGAAAUGCUGAUGACAUUUUUGCAGAAUUUUUCGGGUUUUCAAGUCCAUUUGGUGGGAUGGGAGGUGGCAGUGGAGGCAUGAGAGGGACAAGGUUCCCAGGUGGGAUGUUUGGUGAUGAUAUCUUUAGUUCUUUUGGUGAAGGAGGUGGAGGGUCAAUGCAUCAAAGUGCUCCUAGAAAAGCUCCUCCAAUUGAGAAUAAGCUGCGUUGUAGCCUUGAAGAGCUUUACAAGGGAGCUAGCAGGAGAAUGAAGAUAUCUAGGGAGACUUUUGAUGCUAGUGGCAAGCUCGUGCCAGUGGAGGAGAUUCUAACCAUUGACAUAAAGCCAGGUUGGAAGAAAGGCACUAAGAUCACCUUCCCUGAGAAAGGGAAUGAACAGCAACAUAUUAUACCAGCAGAUCUAGUCUUCAUUAUUGAUGAAAAACCCCACCCCAUGUUCAGUCGAGAUGGUAACGACUUGAUCCUCUCACAGAAGAUAUCUUUAUCUGAAGCUCUGACAGGUUACACUGUCCAUCUCACAACCUUAGAUGGAAGGAAUUUGACUAUUCCCAUCAACACCGUGAUUCAUCCAAACUAUGAGGAGGUUGUUCCAAAGGAAGGGAUGCCAAUCCCAAAAGACCCCACAAAGAGAGGGAAUUUGAGAAUCAAGUUCAGCAUCAAGUUUCCAACAAGGCUAACUUCAGAGCAGAAGGCAGGAAUCAAAUCUCUCAUGGGACCUUGAGAUCAAUGUUAGAAUGCGAUGCCCCUUCACAGAAAUGGAACGCUUUUUGUGAAUAGGCAUUUUAGGAAUUACGGAACAGAAUUUAGCAUUCGGAUUGGAUUGGCUUUUCUUGAUACAUAACUUGUUAUUUAUGGUGUCAGCUUUUGAUAGUUUCUAUUUUUGGUAAAUUCUAUAAUGCCUUCCCCUUA